UCUCCUUAUCUCACCCACCACACCCACAACACCACAGCCCCUUUCUCUCUCUAAAACUCUCCCUCUCUGUCUCUCUCUCUCUGAAAAGCAGAAGAAAACUCUUCAAUAUUGCACACACUCGCUCAUCUCAUUCUAACAAACUUUCAAACUCCACAAUGAAAAAAUUGAUCAGCAAACUCUCCCGUGUCGCCGACUCAUCCCAGUACUCCCUCCUCCGCUCUGGCGACACGCGCCGUGUCGCUACCGUUCACGCACCCCAACAGCACCCAUCUUCACGCAGAGCCAGCUCGUUCCGAGCCAAGCUGAGCCGCCGCCGCUCCUCCUCUUCCGCCUCCGUGGUCCCGGAAGGACACGUGCCGGUCUACGUAGGAGACGAGAUGGAGCGCUUUGUAAUCUCGGCCGAGCUUCUCAACCACCCAGUGUUCGUCAAUCUGCUCAACAAAUCGGCUCAGGAAUACGGAUACGACCAAAAGGGCGCCCUCCGUAUCCCGUGUCACGUACUCGUAUUCGAACGUGUCCUCGAGGCUCUUCGUCUCGGACACGAGCACUCUCGUGACCUCCUUGACCUCCUCAACUCCUUGUCUUCCUCUGAGGAUUUCUACUAAAUGGGUCUCCUAAAUUUUUUUUUUUUAGUAGGAUUGAGAGAACAGACAGACAGACAGGGCUAAUAUGGUAAUUUAGGAAGAUCGUUUCUUGGUUUUUUUUUUUUUUUUUGUAAAUAUUUUUUGCGAUCUUCAAAAAUUCAGAGUUUGAAGCAGGUGAAUGAAAUGAAAGGUUGUAUUA